GAGAGAGCCAAGUUCAGUCCUGAUCAUUGGGACCCUCAGGACCACACCAAUUUAAAUCUUCCAUUCACUUGCUUAAAUUAGACUCAAAUGUGUUUGAAUAUGGUACAAUUAAAAUAAAUAUACCGAUUUUUAUCCCCACAAUAUAAAUAGCUUUUUUUUUAUUAGCCAUAGUUGUUAGUAUUUUAAACAAACACUCAGCACUGGAAGGAUUUCAUUUGCCCCUGGAUGUUAUGGAUUUGCUAUUUCUGCAGACUGAACAUUUAGUUUGUGUGGGAACGGCAUCGACGACAUAGUUGUGGAUUUUUUUUAACACGAAUUCUGACUGAGAACAAUUAAUUUAGGAAGUUUUUUUUUAUUUCAAUGACUCUGGGCGUUCUUUCGCGCGACUGUGGACGAUGAUUCAAGUUCUCCGCGGAUUUCAAAUCAAGAGUGAAACUGACGGAUAGGCGUCGGGAUUUGAAGGAGUCGUUCCUCUCUUAAAACAUCCCUCAGGGAUUCUCGUCUCUCUCCGAAGACCUGUUUCCCAUCAUCCAUCAGCGAGCACAAAGACCGGGCGCAUACUGGAACUGAAAAUACUGUCGUUUUCUCCUGAAGCCUUAUACAACAGAUCUCAUCACUCAGGAUGCAAACCGUUUCAACGGUCAGCGGUCUCUGUAAACGCAUCUAAUCGCAAACAAAUUCACACGAGCGUGACAGACGUGGAAGCACCCACAUUAGGCUGCUGCAAGUUAAGAUACUUGAGAAAGACAGAGGUGGUUUACAGCAGUCAUGGCAGCCAUAGCAACUGUCCCUAACUACACCCCAUCGAUAUGGGUACGGUUAUGCCAUGCCAUUCCUCGCCUGGACUUGACCCUGCAGACCCGAGACAGCGUGUUCACUCCAGACAGCUGGGAGUAUCAGCAGACUCUUCUGGUCCUCUCCAGCUUCUCCGCCAUUGCUCUCAUCCUCUCGUUACUUGUAGUUAUCUCCUUCCUCAUCCACUACUGCUGCUGCUGCCAUCGUGGUGAGGGCGGCCGGGAUGCAGAGGAAGAGGUGGAAGACGAUGAUGCCAGCGGCAGAAAGGGGCGGGGCAUCUGCUGUGUCACAUGGGUAUCGGUUGCAGCCGUCACAUUGUGUUGUGUUGCCAUAGGCAUCGGUUUCUACGGCAACAGUGAGGCGAACGAUGGGAUGUAUCAGUUGACCUCAUCCUUGCUCACUGCCAAUUACACACUGGCUUCCAUCGAUCUUCUGGUUUCAGACACCGUAGUCGGGCUGCAGCAGUCUGUCUCAGGGCCCUUGACCUCCAUGGAGGAAGUGUUCGGUGGGCAUAAGCCGGCACUCGUGCCCACACGCUCCUGCAGGCGUCUGUCAGAGCGAGUCAUGUCUCUCCUCUCCAACCUGACACUGGGAAGAGGUCUGAUCCCCAUUGCAGAUGGAUUUUACAGGGCAAAUGGAAGUGAAAGCAUAGUGGGAGUGCUCACCCCAGCACCUCCUUCUGUAGCCCCCACUCUUAGUCCAUCUGUCAACAGCAUUCCUGCACCCUUCUCCCCUGGCUGGGCAGCAAACACACUCAUGGUGAAUGAAGACUACAGGUGGCUGUCGUACGUGCUGCUGCUUUUACUGGAUCUGGUGGUGUGUUUCUUUAUUCUUCUGGGUUUAGCCAAACAGGCCCGCUGGCUACUUAUUCUGAUGACAGUGCUGGCCUGGUUGGCUCUGUUUCUGAGUUGGGGUUCUCUCGGCCUGGAGACGGCCACAGUGGUGGCCCUAAGUGAUUUUUGCUUUGACCCAAACACUUUUGUGCUUAACUCCACUCACUUCAACUCUAGGACAAGUACAGAAAUCCUGGAUUAUUACCUAACCUGCAGCAGGAAAAUGAGCAGCCCUUUUCAACAGAUACUGACCCAGUCCCAGAGAGCGCUUUCCAGCAUCCACUCUCACCUUUCCAGUCUAGAGAGAGACGCCCUCCCACGCUUUCCAAAGGCAGAGAAGUCACUCAGGGAGGUGCAGCAGAUCCUCAACGCCACUGAGGGCAACUUCCACCAGCUGGUCGCACUUCUCAACUGUCGAGGGCUGAACAAGGAUUAUGUGGACUCUCUGAAAGGCCUGUGCUAUGAUGGGAUGGAGGGGUUGCUCUAUCUUUCGCUGUACUCGUUUCUCUCGGCUUUGACGUUCACAGCUAUUCUUUGCUCCCUCCCUGGAGCCUGGAGGAGUUUCCACAGCGAUUCAGAGGAAUACGAGGACUCCGACAGCGAACUUUCUUCCACCUUUUCUCUUCCUGUUUCCACCCUGGAUCCUGGCUCUCAUCCUUCCCUGUGUCCCUUUGGUGUGGCAUGUCAUUCUUGCGUCUCUCCAUGGUCCCCUUCUCCUGGUUCCUCUCUGCGCCUCUCUCUUUCUCUAUGCAGGACUCCAAACGUUUCCUCCAAUGGCAACCCUGGUUAUGAGAACCUGCCUUUGAGUGACAGGCAGUCCCCACCCCCCUCUUACUCUCCCAGCAUGCUGACUGGCUACGGCGGCAGUCAAUCACACUCCAACCCGUCCCAUUCAAGAAACCUGUACUCACACUAAUUAUUUUUCUGUACAGUAGAAAAGAAAGAUAUAGAGCAAGGUUUAGUUUUCAUAUGGAUGGACACUUUAUGAGACGAGAGACUAAUUUAAAACUCUAGAUGUUAAAUAUCUGUGUGUAACGUCAGUACCAUUGAGUCAUUUGGGUGUAACAGACAGAAAAAGCCGUGUGCGUCAUAUAUAGUCGUCCGAUCCUAUCACUUCCUCUCCCUCUAGUGUCAUGCUGUACAUAGCUGGUGGAAACAAGAUGGUAUUGACGGUACAGUAGUGGUCUAUUUUUAAAUGUAUAACCACUUUAUUUUGGAGUUUUUAUAUUGUUACAUGUAGUCACAGAUACGUAGUGGCGAUGGCACAAUUUCUUUGUAUGAUUAUGCAGUUUUUUCUUAACCUUUCUUUCUUUUUUUUUAAAUAUUUGACAGGACCCUAUUUUAUAAGUGGCAAUUCUGUAUUACCUUGUAUGCCCUCUGAUACAAUAUGAUU